ACGUAGCUGCUGGUUUUUGAGGAAACCGCGGCACCUCCCUGGACCAGGUGACAUUCACCAGGACUCCUCCGCUGUUCUCCUCACUACACACGCUCCCUCCGCCGGCAUUAUGGUUUACGAAGUGGCAGGUCUCGAUGACUUCCAGAAGCAGCUGAAGAACGCCGGAGACAAGCUGGUGGUGGUGGACUUCACCGCCGCGUGGUGCGGCCCCUGCAACCUCAUCGGCCCAUACUUUGUGCAACUGGCGGCAGAGUACCCCAACGUGGUUUUCCUGAAGGUGGAUGUGGAUGAAGCUGAUGAUGUCAGUGCGUCAUGUGAAAUCAAGUGCAUGCCCACCUUCAUCGUGUACAGGGGGGGAAAGAAGGUGGACAAAGUCCUCGGCGCUGACAGAGACAAACUACUUGAAAUGCUGAAGAAACAUAUGUAAGCCUCCGAGGGGCCGACCACACACAACCUUGUCCUACAAGCUCCACAGAAACCGCCAGUAGCCUCUGUCCCUGUCUCUGACGAGCACGACCACCGGCUCCUGUUUUCCACGUAGCAGGCGGAGACAUUAAUUCCACUCGUGUACUGGUUCCAUAGUCCUGUCACAUCCAUGUAUGUAACAUUCGAACACUUUUAAACUCCUCUACGGAGAAUUUGGAUUUUUCUCCUGAACGUCUCGUUGUCUGUAACGUGUCCAACAAGGUGGAUUCAAUAAAUGAAGAUGAGUUACA